AUGGACGAGGCCGUGGAAAAGGGACCUGACAGUGACGACAGGUGGAACGAACAAUUGGGGCCAGACUUUGGAGCAAAAGUCUGGGGGUCUGAGGGUCUCAAGGAAGUUUGGUCAAAUGAUAGUUAUGAUGAUGGUUACCAUGGUACAACCUGA